AUGCCCCAGCCAUGGGAUUACAUCGCAAAGAUAGUCUCCUUGGGAGACUCCGGGUGCGGGAAAUCAAGCUUAACCAUCCGACUAUGUGAGGGCCGGUUCUCCCCCUACCACGACGUAACCAUCGGCGUCGAAUUCGGCUCCCGCAUCGUCCCCGUCGGACCGCCGGCGUCCCACGCCCUCCGAGUCAACGACCCUUCCACCACCAACACCGACGAUGGCCCUCCGCUGGGACUUCCCGAGCCAAAGCCAAAAGUGGAGAAACAAAAGCAGAAGCACAUGAAGCUCAGCAUAUGGGACACCGCGGGCCAAGAGACCUACAAGUCGGUCACGCGGAGCUACUUCCGGGCUGCCAGCGGCGCGCUGCUGGUCUUCGACAUCACGCGACGCGAGACGUUCCUAUCCGUUACAUCGUGGCUGAACGACCUGCGGCAGAUCGCGGAAGACCAUGUCGUCGUGGUGUUGGUGGGGAAUAAGUCCGAUCUGGCGGGCUCGAGCAUGGGGACGGACGGCGAAAACCGGCGGCAAGUGCGCAAAGAGGAGGCGGAUCAGUGGUGCAAGGACAACAACGUGAUGUGCUACGUUGAGACGAGCGCGAAGAGCGGCGAGGGCGUCGAAAGUGCAUUCUUACAGGUUGCAGAAAGGAUAUAUCAGAACAUUGAGGCGGGGAUGUACGAUCUGAACGAUCGUCGGAGCGGAGUGAAGGGGCCGAAGCUGGGGAAUAAUGCGAGGACGGUGAAUCUAGGGUUGAAUGAUCGCGAUGGAGGGAAGGGGGCCGGAAAUGGCUGUUGUUGA